UAAACCCAAAGAUGCUAAUUUCUCUCUCUUUUUCUUUGGUUGCUAUUGAUAAAAUGAGCAACUUUUGUAAAAGGCAGGGCCAAAUGUGAACAUUGGCUGCUUCAAAUUUUUAGUUUUGCCAAAACUUAACCAUCCAAGCCCAUGAAGGGGAAUGCCAGCUCUCCUGAAUCCAGAGCCACUCAAUUUUUUAAGUGAUAUAUAUGAUCCGGAAGCCAAAAUAGCCAAUCACUUGACCAUCAGAACAAAUUGUUCUAACCCACUUUGCACUGAAAAACAAAUUCACAAAUAACAAAUGUAGUAGUAGAUAUCAUUAGGAUGGUAAAAUCAAAAACAAUGACAGGAACUCAACCAAAAUGUUAAGACUUCUGCACUGUCUCAAAAUGUAAUGUUAGCCUGUUGGUGACGGCUGGUGCUCAAUCCCCAUUGACAUCCAACCCAACGCUGACAGAAAGACAACGUGUCACCACACCUUUGUGUCCGUAAGGCAACCAUAUCCAAUAAGAUUCUCCCACCUGUCUUCACCCAUGUAAGGAAAAAAUAACUUCAAAAAUAGAAAAAAAAAUAGAAACAUUCAAAACCCUCCAACACUUCUUGGCAUCUUCCUCGCCACAUUUGCCUCCCUACCACUCUUUCAAGUUACCAUAAUAAAAACUGUUUUUUUUUCUUUGUCCCCCAAAGAACUUUCUUUUUAUUUCUGUUUAUUUUACUAAAUAUUACUGUGAUAUUCAUAUAUCACAUAUAUACUAAUAAAUACACAUUCUGAUCAAUCUCUCUCCCUCGCUGUGAGCUGAUAGACCACCAUUAGGCCAUCCCUGAGAAAGAGACGCAGCAGGUUAAUAUGGGGCGCCGUCUCUUCACCUGUUUUUGCAGGGGUUCGUCUUCAACUUCAUCAGGAAAUGAAGUCCAUGCACAUGGAAAAACCAAUGGAACAGUGGUUGACGCAGCAGCAUCAUCAUCAGCUGAAGGGCCAAUCCUGGUGGAGUUGUUCUCUUCACAGGGAUGCGCCACAUCACUGGCGGCGGAGCUGCUGUUGUCCAGGUUGGGGAGGGGGGACUUUCAGCUGGAUGCACCGGUGAUUGUGUUGGCUUAUCAUGUUGAUUACUGGGAUUACAUGGGAUGGAAAGACCCUUAUGGCUCAAGCCAAUGGACAGUGAGACAAAAGGCUUAUGUAGAGGCCUUGAGGCUUGACACCAUGUUUACACCUCAGGUUGUGGUUCAAGGCAGCGCUCAGUGUGUGGCUAAUGAGGAAGAUGCUUUGUUAUCCAACAUUGCUAGUGCUCCCAGGUUCCCUGCUCCAACAUUCCAGGCUAAUUUCCAAAGGCCUACAUCAGAGUCCUUGCAAGUGACCCUAACUGGAGCUUUGAGGUCCAAGGUAGACAACAAUGGUGUCAAUGUUAUGGUGGCAUUAUACGAAAGCGGAUUGGUGAAUGACUGCCCUGCGGGAGAGAACAAAGGGAAAGUCCUGUCCAAUGAUUUUGUGGUUAGGAAGCUUGAAAAGCUCUGCACUGUCAAAGACAUGUCGCCCAAGAAGACAGUCUCAGGAACUGUUACUUUCACUCUAUGGGAUGGUUUCAAUAGCAACAAAUGUUCUAUUGCUGUCUUUGUUCAAAACAGCUCCCACCAAAUUUUCGGUUCACAGAACUUUCAACUGCCAGAUGAUGUGUAAAAAUAUUGAAUUUAAUGGACAUAUUGUGUUGUGGCUACAAUUUUUAGGCAAUUAUGUACAGGAUGUGUUCUGCUUAGGUAUUCAUUUAUUUUCCUUUUGUUUUCGUUUCUUAUUCCUCGUUUUAUGUUUUAGGAUAUGGAGACAAACAUUUGCUUUCAUCAUACGAUUCUUUUAACCUUUGCCAAUCUUUUUAUAAUUUACCUAUAUUUACUAUCGCAGUUGGACAAAAUUAAGACGGUCCAAACAAUAAAUCCGACAAUUUAUAAUACAAUACAAAAAUCAUGAAAAUCGUGUCUUUUUGUUAAAAAGACAUGAUCUUCAAAAUUGUAGACGGAUAGCAUACAAGGAGGUUGAGGGCUAGUAUGAUAGUCCCUUUCAGAUAUAU